AUGGGAAACGUCCUAGCUAGGUCUCUGCCUCCCCUCCCACCCUCACCUGCCCCUCCCUGCCUUCCCUGUGUCGAGGGGCAGCAGCGCGCCGCUCCUCACUCCUCCUCGUUUCCCCCGACGACUGCUCCCCUGCAGACUCUCCACAUGGACGUGUGGGGCUCAGCCCGCGUCCGUGGACAGGGCCGCGAGCGCUACUUUCUGCUGGUUGUUGACGACUACUCGUGUUACACCACGGUCUUCCCCUUGCGCAGCAAAGGGGAGGUCCCUGAUGUUUUGAUCCCUUGGAUCCGCGCUGUCCGUCUCCAGCUCCGCGAGCGGUUCGACACGGACCUUCCGGUCCUGCGUCUGCACUCUGACAGAGGUGGUGAGUUUGCCUCCGACCUCUUGCGGGACUUUUGUCUUGGGGAGGGCAUCACCCAGUCGUUCACGCUUCCGGCCUCUCCACAGCAGAAUGGGGUUGCUGAGUGCCGCAUUGGCUUAGUCAUGGAGGUCGCUCGUACCUCCAUGAUCCAUGCGGCUGCCCCCCAUUUCCUGUGGCCGUUUGCGGUCCGGUACGCUGCGCAUCAGCUCAACCUCUGGCCCCGUGUCUCCUUGCCGGAGACCUCGCCUACACUGCGUUGGACGGGGAAGGUUGGCGAUGCGUCGAUGUUCCGGGUCUGGGGCUCUCGUGCCUUUGUCCGCGAUACGACUCGGUUCCCUUUUACCGCCUCUUCCCCUACCGCACUGCCCCUCUCCCCCCCCCCGCCGCUCUUCCUCGCACCAGGUCCUCCUCCGGUAGACCCCCUCCCCCCUCAAGGUCCUGCUCCCUCAGGUGUGUCUCAGGUAGACCAUGUCGAGCCUGUCGAGGUCGCUGUCGAAUCUGGUGCUGCUGGGGGUGGUGCUGCUAGGGGUGCUGCAUCUGGGGGUGCUGAGCAUGAGGGUGCUGAGCCUGGGGUUGCUGAGUCUGAGGGUGCGGAGCCUAGGGGUGCUAAGCCUGAGCGUGCGGAGCCUGGGGAUGCUGAGCCUAGAGCCUUCGGAGUGGCGCUGCUGGAGCGGGGGGGGCUGCCGCUGGAGGCCCUGGAGCUGGAGACACUGGAGCUGCAUGUCUUGGAGGAGCUGGAGAUGCUGGUCCCGGAGGUGCUCGUACUGGAGCUACUGGAGCUGCUGGAGCCGUUGGUACUGCAGGCGCUGGAGCUGGAGACCCUGGUGCUGGAGGCGCUGGAGCUGGAGGUCCCGGAGGUGCUGGAGCUGCUGGUCCUGGAGGUGCUGGAGGUACUGGAGCUGCUGGAGCUGGAGCUGCUGCAGGUGUUGGAGCUGGAGGUGCUAGAGGGACCGGAGCUGUUGGAGCUGGUGGAGCUGCAGGCGUUGGAGCAGGAGACCCUGGAGCUAGAGGUGCUGACCCUGGGGGUGCUGGUGUUGUCGAUGCUGUCGCAGCCGCAGUUACAGCCAGCAUCCCCAUUGCCUGCUCCUUCUCCUUACACUGAACAGACAGGAGGUCUUACAGAGCGUCGUGAGCCUGCGUCUCGUCCUGCCUCGCCUGUUCGCGCUGUUCGCACUGGUCGUCGUGUUCCGCGUCAGCGUCCUCCUCUUGUCCAUGGCACGCACCAUAUGGCACUUCGUCCUUCCUCUGUUCCACAGCGUGUCCCCCUGCCGUCUCCUCCUGCGUCCUCUCUUGCUGACGGUCCGGACCCUGAGUCUGACUUACUUCGUGCUGCCAGUCCUACUAUCACACGUCUUCUGGCCACUGUUGUCACUGACCCUUCGUUUGAGUCCACUGCUGCGUCUGCCCUAGUUGCUGAGCUUGUUGACAUUGUUGCCGCCUGUCGUCUCGACUACGCCGCUAGUCUUGUUGCUGAGUCUGAGUCUGUCUGUCCUCCGUCCGUCGGGGGUGAGUGUGCUCUUGACACGGACACCCGGAUGCACAAGACAUCCCAAACACCGCGCUCUUACGCAGAGGCGAUUACGGGUCCCUACUCCUCUCAGUGGUAG